AUGCUGCUCCACCCUCUGACCUCAGACCCCAGCCCAGGCACGGAUCUGGUGGGCAUUGUAGGAGGGCACAAUGCCCCCCCUGGGAGGUGGCCAUGGCAAGUGAGCCUGUGGAUCUUUCACUGGACAUAUAACAAGUGGGAGUUCAAUUGUGGGGGCUCCCUCAUCCACCCCCAGUGGGUGCUGACCGCUGCCCACUGCAUUCCAGGGAAAUACCCAGUGCCUCAGCACUUCAGGGUCCAAGUGGGACAAGUGAGACUCUCAGACAGUAACAACAUGCAAGUGGUUAUGGUCAUCCGUCACCCCAAGUACAACCUCACACAGCAGGCACAGGGUGGAGCCGACGUGGCGCUUCUCAAGCUGCAGGCCCCUCUGACACCGUCUAACCUGGUCAACUGGGUCACCCUCCCGCCUCCAUUGCUCACGGUCCCCUUGGGCAUGAGGUGCUGGGUGACAGGCUGGGGUCGCAUUGCUGUCAAUGAGCCGCUGCCCCCACCUUACCACCUGCAGGAGGUGGAGGUCCCCAUCGUGGCAGAUGAGAUCUGCAGGCAGCAAUACCGUCCAAUCAAUGGGAUUAUCAAGGACGACAUGCUGUGUGCGGGGAGCAAUGGCCGGGACUCCUGCCAGGGUGACUCUGGAGGCCCCUUGGUGUGUAACUGGAGGGGCACCUGGUUGCAGGUUGGAGUGGUGAGCUGGGGAGCAUGCUGUGGCCUUCCCAACUAUCCUGGAGUCUAUGCUCGAGUGACAUCCUUCUUGUCGUGGAUCCACCACUAUGUCAACUCAUCUACUUGAGCCCAGGGCAGGGACAAGGAUGCUGCCCACAUGCAAUGAAGACAGUCCCUCAAGGGCCUAUGGGGGACCUUCCCUGCUCCUUCCCCAAAGGUAGCUCUUCAUUGCCCCUAGCGCCCCCCUCCACCCCCUGCUCUGAGGUCCUUCUGCUUCUGUCCCCUCCUUCAGCAUCUGUCUCUC